AUGCCCUACACGCCGUCUGGCUUUUUCUGCGACCGGUUGAUCCGGGAGAGGGAGAGAAGGGAUGGAGAAGGAUCUGUGAACAAGCCUCUCCGAUUCAGUGGCCAGGACUUUAACAUCGUGAAACAGGAGUGCCUCCAGAAAAGGGUUCUGUUUGAGGAUGACACCUUCCCAGCCACUGUGGAAUCCCUUGGCUACAAGGAGCUGGGCCACAAGUCCAACAAGGUCAAGAACAUUGUCUGGAAAAGACCCAAGGACAUUUGUGAUAACCCACAGUUCAUCGUUGGAGGAGCCAGCAGAACAGACAUCUGCCAGGGAGACCUGGGAGACUGCUGGCUGCUGGCAGCCAUUGCCUCCUUGACUCUGAACGAGAAGCUCUUGUAUCGGGUUGUUCCUCAGGAACAGAGCUUUUCUGACAACUAUGCUGGAGUUUUCCACUUCCAGUUCUGGCGUUACGGGGACUGGGUGGAUGUCGUCAUUGAUGAUCGGAUUCCUACCUUCAACAACCAGCUGGUGUUCACCAAGUCUGCAGAGAGAAAUGAGUUCUGGAGCGCUCUCCUUGAGAAGGCCUAUGCCAAGCUUCAUGGUUCCUAUGAGGCUCUGAAGGGUGGGAACACUACUGAGGCUAUGGAAGACUUCACUGGAGGAGUGACUGAGUUCUAUGAGAUGAAGGAAGCACCUAAGGAGCUUUAUAAGAUCAUGAAGAAGGCCUUGGAGAGAGGCUCCCUAAUGGGCUGCUCCAUUGAUUCUUUGGUCCCAGCACGCUUUGAGACCCGCACUGCAACAGGGCUGGUGAAGGGUCAUGCCUACUCUGUGACCGCUGUGGAAGAGUGUAAACCGAACACUCAAAAGGAAUCUAAAGUGCGCCUGGUGCGUCUCCGUAACCCUUGGGGCCAAGUGGAGUGGAAUGGACCUUGGAGUGAUAAUUCAAAGGAGUGGGCAACCAUCUCGAAGGCAGAGAAAGAUAAACUGCAGCAUCAGAAUGCAGAGGAUGGAGAGUUCUGGAUGUCCUUUGAUGAUUUCAAAAAGAAUUACACCAAGCUUGAGAUCUGUAACUUGACUCCUGAUGCACUGGAUGACGAUAAGCUCCACAAGUGGACUGUGUCUGUGAACGAGGGCCGCUGGGUGAGGGGCUGCUCUGCUGGAGGCUGCAGGAAUUAUCCGGACACCUUCUGGACAAACCCACAGUAUCGCUUGCGUCUCCUGGAGGAGGAUGAUGACCCAGAAGAUAAUGAGGUAGCCUGCACCUUUGUGGUGGCUCUCAUGCAGAAAAACAGAAGGAAAGAACGCAAGUUGGGUGCCAAUCUCUUCAAUAUUGGGUUUUCCAUCUACGAGGUGCCAAAGGAGAUGCAUGGCAACAAGCAACACAUGCAGAAGGACUUCUUCCUGCUGAACUCCUCUAAGGCCCGUAGCAAAGCCUACAUUAACCUGCGGGAGGUGACUCAGCGUUUCCGGCUGAGUCCAGGGGAGUAUGUCAUCGUCCCCUCUACCUAUGAGCCCCACCAGGAAGGCGAGUUCAUCCUCCGUGUCUUCUCCGAAAAGAGGAACACCUCUGAGGAGAUAGAGAACAGGAUCGAGGCUGACCAUCCAGUGCCGGCUCCAGCCUCAGCGGGGGAAGAGAGUGAGGAGGACCAGCAGUUCCGCACCAUUUUUCAGCAAAUAGCCGGGGACGAAAUGGAAAUCUCGGCCAGUGAACUGCGGAAUGUCUUAAACAGGGUGGUGUCUGAGCAGAGGGAGAUGAAUACAGAAGGCUUCAGUCUGGAGAGCUGUCGUAGCAUGAUUGCCCUCAUGGAUAUGGACGGGACUGGAAGACUUAAUCUACAAGAGUUUAGACACUUGUGGAUUAAGAUCAAACAGUGGCAGGGAAUUUUUAAGCACUAUGGUGCUGAGCAGACUGGCUGCAUCAGCAGCUAUGAGAUGAGAAAUGCUGUCAAUGAUGCAGGGUUCCGUCUCAACAACCAGCUGUAUGAUAUCAUCACCAUGCGCUAUGCCAACGAGAACAUGAACAUCGACUUUGACAGCUUCAUCAGCUGUCUUGUGCGGUUGGAGGGGAUGUUCAGAGCAUUCCAGGCAUUCGAUCAGGAUGGAGAUGGCACUAUCAGGCUCUCUGUACUGGAGUGGCUCCAGUUGACCAUGUAUGCCUAGACGAGCCCAGGAUCCAGGUGAGCCUAAGGAGCAGGACCAGAACCACCAGCCUUUACCUCAACACUCAGUGUGCCAGAAUGCCGCCACUUCUCCUUCCGUACCUCAUCCACCUUAACACCAUCCUUCACAGUCUCCACAAAAAAGGCAUCAGCCCUAAACUCCAACAUCCCUUCUUCUGUUUUGGAGAGACUGAUGUUAUGGCGUCUGCAAGCAAUGAUAGGCAUAACUUCUCAUCUCAGAGGCUGAAGAAGGCAAGAAAGAAGUUUUUAGACCGGGUUAAAGGUUUUUCAGUGCAAAUGUCUCCUCAGUGUCCCAACACUGCUUUUCUCCUUUUACUCAGUGGCACCAUUCAGCUUUAGUAAUUCUGUUUUAACCUUGACUUUUUUCCGUUAUCUCCAUGCUCAGGUCACCUCUUGCUAUUCUUCAUACUUCUUUCAUUUUCUUCUUUAGGCCUUCUUAUCUUUUUCUCAGGCAAAAACCACACAGGAAACCUCUUUUUUUCUGUCACAAUACAGUACCUCACAGAGAUCUCUCAUCAUACACCUCUCCUGUAUGUUUUUCAUCUCUUCUUUGCUCUCUUACCUAGAAGUAGGCAUGACCCGACUUGCUGGUGAUAACCAAAUCCAUAUACUUAAGGAAAGAUCAUGGUUGUUCACUAGUCUUUGACAAUAAGGUGCCCGG